AUGACCGGCCUGGCUACCACUGCUUUGUCCAUACCAGCGCUCCCUGCUGGCCUCGUGGUAGAAGCGAACCGCCUUCCAAUCGUCAAAGUAGUAGAGCCGCGCGGACGGCGCCGCAUCGACAAAGAAGAGAAAAAGCCUAAAACCAGCUACUUCGGGGCAAAUGGCAAUGAAUAUUACAUGCAAAAUAUUGUUCGAAUGCUCUCUUCGGAUCUUCCGACACCACGAUAUUCAGCGGCGGUAGAAGCCAUAUAUUCAGUCACACAAGAGCGGCAACAAAGACGCUCCCCGGUCAUAACACAACCUCUUGUAUUCUCAAGUGGAAUGGAAGCUGCUUAA